CAAUUGCAAAAAUGUUUGCUAAUGAUGCAUCAUGGCACAUCGUCUAUUUUAGUAAUUUGUUAAUGACCAUAUUUCAGGAAUGGGGAAAUAGUAAUACAACGGCUAUAGUAACGUACUUUGCAUUGCAAAUAACAAUGAUAAUCGGCAUGUUCACGAAUUGCUUCGUUGGCCAACUUCUUAUCGACGAGGGCAAUGUUGUUAAAAAGAUAUCUAAUACGUUAGAUUGGUAUCAGCUGCCUGUGGAGAAAGCACGCUGUUUGAUCUUAGUUAUUAUUAUGUCGAAUAAUCCAAUGAAAAUCACAGUAGCAAAUAUGGUACAGUUGUCCCUAAUUACGUUCAUUGAUGUGAGUAUAUGCAACAGUGUCGUCCAUAAAAGUCUCUGA